AUGGCCUGUCCGCGCCUCCAAGCGAACACGAACUCUAAUCCAGCAGGUGGACUGAUGCACGACCUUCAACGGGACAACACCGCAACCUUCACCUUCCUCGAAGGGGACAUCGACUCGGAUCCUGGCCCCGGCAUCGCCGGGUACUUUGACGGCCCGUACUACAGCUACUACCGAUUUCCACGCACCUUCGCCCUCCAGGACAACGAUGACUCCGACAUCCUGGAAGCGUACGAACAACUCAUGGAAAAAGUUGCGCUGGAGGGGCCCUUCGAUGGCGUUCUAGGCUUCUCCCAUGGUGGGACCUUGGCCGCCGGCUUCAUGAUCCACCACGCAAAGAUGUAUCCCGGUGAACCCGCCCUGUUCAGAUGUGCCAUCUUCAUCAAUUCCCUGCCCCCCUUCCGCAUGGACCCUGGUGAACGUCCGAUCGUCGAGGAGGGGCUGGAGGGAUACAUAUCGAUUCCCAGUGUACAUAUCGCCGGUGCCCAAGACCCACUAUUUGAAUAUUCACUGGCCUUGCAUCGCAUAUGUACGGCGCAUGCGACUUUCGCCGUACAUGGGCAAGGUCAUGAUGUGCCCAGUGAUCAGAAGAACGUCGUCAUUAUCGCCACUGCCAUUCGCAAGUUGUUCAGUCAGAUCUGGUGA